AUGUCUACAAUGAAACAGCAAGAAUCAUAUGUCGAACGAGUUGACACCAACGAUGUCAUGGAUAUCGAAAUGUCCAAGUCCAUUGAUAUUCGUGGAUUGGACGAGGCACAAAGAAUCAUUGGUCAUGGCGAGCUACACGAUCUCAAUGUCACUGAAGAGGAAAUGAGGAAAGUCGUUCGCAAGACCGAUUGGGCCAUUCUGCCCUACCUGGCGGUAUGUUAUAUGUUCUACUAUAUCGACAAGACCACCCUGUCAUACUCGGCCAUCUUCGGCAUGAAAGAAGACCUGAAUCUGGUGGGCACCGAGUACAGCUGGCUGUCCUCGGUCUUCUAUUUCGGGUACCUUUUCUGGGCCAUUCCCACGAACUACUUUCUCCUUCGACUUCCUGUCGGCAAAUACUUGGGUUUCAACAUCAUGCUAUGGGGCGUCUUCCUCAUGCUCCAAGCUGCUUGCAAGAGCUUUGCCAGUCUAACAGUUCUCCGAGUUCUCGGCGGAGCAGUCGAAGCCACUGCCGACCCUGCUUUCAUGCUCAUUACUUCCAUGUGGUAA